GAUAUUGUUUCAUAAGUCGGGAACAAAGAGAACCGUUUACGUUGAAAUCAAACAACAGCGCACAAAAUAUGACCGACGGUGUCAUGUUGCUAUUUUGAUGACGAUACGAGAUGGCUAAAUUCCUUGUUAAAAACGAUGAUUGACACAAUGCAAGUUUGGGAUGGUACAUUUAUUGUCAGUCCUCAAUGUGUGUGGAACAUAUUGAGGGCUGAAACACACACACAUCAAAUGUGAAAGUAGUCAUGUGACCAACAGAACCUGUUUAUGGUUCUCGGAACACACCUGCAGAAUGUGUGACAUCACAGCAGAUUAUUAUAUAUAUAUUUUUUGUUCUAUAGUAUUAUGAGAAUGAGCACACAUGUACCUGAUCGACCUCCUUCGGCACAGAUGCUGUCGCCGUCCUCUGAGUCCGUGCUCUUGGCCUGCGGGGGGCGGGUCCUCUUCAUGGGCAGCGGAGGCGGCUGGAGCUUGGGUUUUAACACCGGCUGUCUUCUCGUUUCCCUUGUCUUAUUUGCGUUGGCCAGCGCAAUCCUGUGUUGGCUGAAAUUGUUCACGAUCCUUUUGACGUUUACGCUGGAGGGGCUCGUGGCCCUGUCGUCGCCCUCCGAAGGGAGGGAGGACAUUCGCUCCGUCGGUUUCGGCGGGAGCUCCGGUUUGCGUUUGACUUCGGCUAACUGGGCUACUGCGGACGGUUGAGCUGCUUCCUGGGCAGACAUGCUGGCUGGAUGGCGUCUUCUCCGGCAAUGUGCUUCCAAUCAGAGGCCAGGCUCUGAGAGAAAAUGUCCACCUGAACACCUCAUCCACACCUGUUGAGGGAAACAGAGAUCAAAUUGGUCUCGGUUGUCACGCUGAGUCCAAUUGUCCAGUUCCUUUGGAGGCUACCAAAGGAAAGUGCCCACUCAUUCACUGCCAUUGACGGCUUUUAAAGUCAAAUAUCCAUGUUAACUGGGAGGGCUGGCAGUGAAUGAGUUUUAAAUCAAUAAACCGUACGGGAAUACAGAACUCACGUCCCAACUUUUAAUGUGCCAAAGCACAUAUUACAUAUUCGAAGGUCACCAUCAAACAAAAAUGUCACAAGAGUCUUGGUGUUUUGAGAUAUCAUUUCCUGAGGCACAUCUGCUCAUCCUUUUUGCAUACAUUUACAGCAUAAUCAUAUCCUGAUCUCUUAUAAACAAGCUGAAUUACCACAGGGCUUGCAGAGGAAAAUGAAAUUUGCACAAGGAGUCGUGCACUCCCUGUGCUUCCAUUCCAUUGUGGGCCCAGGGAAUGGAAGCACAGCAGAUAUCUGACAAAAAGUGCCUCUCGGAGAAAUCCACACAGCAAAGGCUGUUAUUAAAAUUGAGCACUUUUGAGUGGCUAAAUGUCUCGAGGACAUUAGCGUGGACAAACAAAACAUCAACAUACCUGAAUAAAUCCAACCCUUGGAGGCAAAAAAAUAAAUAUUAUGACAGAUGAUCCAAUACAAACAUGCCGAGCGUGGCCGGCGCUCACGCACGCAAAUCCUUCUUACGCUACGUCAAAGACAAACACUGCGGAGGAAUCAUUUUGUUUUGAUUUGUCCAUAAUUCAUCAAGCGUACUGUGCCAAUCCGAGACAACCGACCGUCAAUUAGCCAUUAAAAUAAAUGAGUCGUCUUCGAUUGGGCAUCAAAAUUUAAUCUUACGCAGCGUGUGAGCGUCUGCGGGUUAUAAUGAAAGGUUCAGGCAAGACAAGUCGUUUUUUUAAUGAGAACGUAAACCAGCUCGUCGGACCGGUUUGGAAAAGGACGCGUGUGCGCCACUGUGUCAGUGAACUUGUUCUUUAGGAAAGGAGCAGGUUUAAGCUUGCUUUCUGGAGUUUUUCUUUUUUUUCAAGGGAGGAAACAAAACUUGACAUCGACGACAAUACAUUGAAUGGAUCAAUAUGCCAUUUUUCGAUGGGUUUAAACACAAAAAUGGGGCGAACUUGUAAUGGGGAAAAUCUUGAAAACUGAAAAAAACAUUGACUUAAAAAAUAUAUAUAUAAUUUUUUUUGUAUUAUUUGAAAACUCAACUGUAAUAUUUUCGAGAUACACCCUCUGACAUCCCCCCUUUUGUCUCCCUUUGACCUGGUUUGCUCAAUACCUCCAACCUCCAGUCCAGCGGACACUUAACACACAAAAUCGGGCCGGGUCAGUAGGUCACUCAUUCAUUCCUGAAAGUCUUUUUGUCACGCAAAUCCAAUGCAUAUCGAAUCUGGCGUGAUGCCUGAAAUCAGGCCGGUUUGUGCACAAUCCUUAAGUGCCUUAAAAAAAAAAUAAAAAAAAAAGGGGGGCUUGCAUUAACACAAUGUAGUGUGUUCAGUAUGUGUGUGCGUGUACCAUCUGUUGUGGAAACCAAUGCAUCAGUGUGCAUACAAAAAAAGUAGGGGUGCUUCUAAAAGCUGAAGGCCUUAACCAGUGUGUAAAAAAACCCAAAACAAAAACAAAAAAACGCAGGCACACAAAAGGGUUGGGCGCGCACUUCGCAUUCAUAUGCUCAUUAAAUAUUAUUUAGCAAUCUGUGGCUUCCAAUCUCAUGAGAAGUUAUUACAUAGUCAUUAUUACCUGUCAUUUCAACUUUAACCCUUUCCUUUUGUUUGUAUUAAUAAUUAUAUAUAUAUAUAUUUUUUUUUAAAGAAAUGACAAACACCAAACACACCCGGUUGUUGCCCCAGCAGUUCUAAGCAGGAAAUUGCGCGUCUUUUAAUGAGUUUACGUCGGGCAAUACUGGAUUCAUAAGUGUGGGUGUAUUCUAUCGCUCGGUAGCGGUUUACAAUAUUUACGUUAGUGUCCCCACGAGGGUGCAGGUGCUUUCGGUUCGGACUUUUCACCGAACCGCCCCGGCAUAGUUGUCAAUUCUAAGUAAACAGUCGAGUUAAAAUAAUAAUAAUAAUAAUAAUAAAGACAAAUAUAUUUUCACACAGAAAACUAAACUCACCUGGAUUGUUCGGACACAAGCAAACAUUACUCGUCAGUAGAUCGGCUGCUGUGUCGGCACGAAACUGCUACAUCAUAUGUAGACUGUAUUUAUUAAAAAUAAUAAUAAAGUCCAAGGUCUGUCUAUGUAACUACCGACGGAAAUGAAUAAUAAAAAUAUAAAAAGGUGAAAUAAGUGGCAGUCUCCAUAGCCCCCCAAGUGGUUGCCUUUCUCUUCUUUGUUGCCCGCUGAGUGAGUCAGUGAAGCGGACUGGAGGCGGGGCAACACCCCCACUCCAAUCAAUACUUCCGGCAUGGAUUUCAAAGUAAAACCACAACCGUUACGGACUGCUUGAGCACACUGUGGAUUAGUGUCUUUUGUCGUGAAGGCGACGACACCGAACCCCGGGUCAUUUUAACGGUUUUAAUAAACUGCACCUCGCUCGUACUCAGAAACUUGGUGAAAACUGGUCGGAGUUUCAGCAUUUGGAAUGCAGUAAUGCGUUAUUGUUGUUGGUUAAAAAAAAAAAAUCUGUAUUAAUUGAUGCGUUUAAAUGUUAUCUUGAAUGUGGAAUAAUAGACGCUUUGUUAUGAAUAAUGAAGUCGCGCACCACCUGUUUUACGUGGAAUUCGACUUCCAUUUAGCGUCCAAAACGGAAAAUACGCGACACAGUGGAGAAUAAUAUGUCAAGUUUACUUUGCGUGCACGCCAAUAAUCAACUUUUGUCUUUGUCAAUGAUAGCUAUAAACUACCAAAUAUAUUUAAAACGGUAGUUGUUGAGCACUGGUUAAAAUAUGACGGUGACAAAAUCCCUGUGGUCUAUUUUAUUUGGAUGCUCCCGUGGCGUAAACAUACUGCGGCAAUUAGCUCGACUGUCUUUGACUGCAGCGCAUCUUCGGGGUAUCACUCCGCGGCCGUCAGCGGAAGCGCUCCUCGACCAAUCACGUCUGUGUUUACACCAUCACCUGUCAAACGCAUACCCCCGGCUACAUUUUUUUUUUGUUUCUCUGCAAGGUAGGACAGAACAUUUGUUUGCCAUUCUUAACAUUCUUGUCGAAGCGACAAUAUCGUUAUGGGAGCGUUAGAUAGGAAGCCGGUUCGCCCGCAUAAAGAAGACGCAGCCGAUCGCCCCCGGAGCUAGUGCGCCGGAGCGGGCGAUCUGGGCCAGUAGCUUGUUUUGUUAUUGUUUUUGCCGGUGAGCAGAAGCCUUUGCUCCUCCUCAUCCCCGUAGUGACGUUAAUUCAAAGGAAAACUAUGAUGAGCGGAGGCAAAUUCAACCGGCUGAGACGGGAGCAUGCAGACCACGGUGAAAGCCCGAGCUAGGAACGCUGUCGACCGGCAGGAGAUUGGAUCAAAGCCCCCCCCCGAGUAACGGAGUAAACACUCAGUUAAAAAAUAAAUAAAAUAAAGCUACUCAACUACUGCAACUAGAGCUGAAAAACAAAGACUGGCACUGAAGCGCCGACGGGAGCCGCUACCUGGACGGACUUUCUGGCAAUUGACCUUUGCAGCGGAAGAAGUCUUGAACUAUGAGCUCAGUGGCAGUGUUGACCGCCGAGAGCUUUGCGGAGCAUCGCAGCGGCCUGAAGGACCAGGAGAUUAUAGGCUGCGUCCCGGAGGAUGAGGCCUACAUCCCCACCUACCUGGAGGCCUUCCCUCCGCUGCCAGAAAAGGGUGCGCCGGGGGAGAAGGCGGCCCCCGCGUGGGGGAGCAAGAUCAGGCCCAUCAAAGCUUCCGUCAUCACCCAGGUGUUCCACGUGCCCCUCGAGGAGCGCCGCUACAAGGACAACAGCCAGUUCGGGGAGGGCGAAGAAGCCAAAGUGUGCUUGGACAUCAUGCAGCGAACAGAAGCCCACAUUGAGCUGUCCCUGGCUAAAGACCAGGGCUUGUCCGUCAUGGUCACAGGCAAAGUGGACUCUGUCAUGAAGGCCCGCAAGGAGAUCGUAGCACGACUGCAGACUCAGGCCUCAACCGCGGUCGUCAUCCCCAAGGAGCACCACCGCUUCGUCAUCGGCAAGAACGGCGAGAAGCUGCAGGAACUGGAGCUGAAGACGGCGACCAAGGUCGUCGUGCCGCGCCCGGACGACCCCAGCGCCGACAUCCGCAUCGCCGGUACCAAGGAGGGCAUCGAGAAGGCGCGGCAUGAGAUACUGCUGAUCUCUGCGGAGCAGGACAAGCGCGCGGUGGAGCGGCUCCCCCUGGAGAAGGCCUUCCACCCCUUCAUUUCCGGCCCACACAACCGGCUGCUGCAGGAGCUGAGUCAGGAAACGGGCGCUCGCAUCAGCGUCCCCCCUACCAGCCUGCCCAAGGACGAGAUCGUCAUCGCCGGGGAGAAGGAGGCCGUCGCCCUGGCGCUCGGCCGCAUACGUGCCGUCUACGACGACAAGAAGAGGAAGACCACCACCAUCUCCGUGGAGGUGAAGAAGUCGCAGCACAAGUACAUCGUCGGCCCAAAGGGCAACACCCUGCAGGAGAUCCUGGAGGCCACGGGGGUGUCGGUGGAGUUGCCCCCGCUGGAUUCCGGCUCGGAGACCAUCAUCCUCAGGGGGGAGCCCGACGAGCUCGGCCCGGCCCUCACGCAGGUCUACUCCAAGGCCAGAAGUGUGAUGGUGAUGGAUGUGACGGCUCCGGCCUGGCUGCAUCGCUUCAUUAUUGGCAAAAAGGGACAAAACAUCGGGCGGAUAACACAGCAGCUGCCUCGAGUUCACAUUGAGUUCACCGAUGGCGAGGAGCGCAUCAACCUGGAGGGGCCGACGGAGGAGGUGCAGCAGGCUCAGGCCCAGAUACAAGAAAUCAUCAAGGACCUGCUGGUGAGGAUGGACCACACCGAGGUCAUCGUAGACCAGCGUUUCCACAGACAUCUUAUCGGAAAGAACGGCACCAAUAUCAACCGGAUUAAGGAGCAGUACAAGGUCUCGGUGAGAAUCCCGCAGGACUCUGAGCGAAGCAGCCUGGUCCGCAUCGAGGGCGACCCCAAGGGCGUCCAGCUGGCUCGCAGGGAACUCAUCGAGAUGGUUCAAAGAAUGGAGAAUGAGCGAACCAAAGAUCUGGUAGUGGAGCACAAGUUCCAUCGGACGAUCAUCGGCCAGAAGGGAGAGAAGAUAAAAGAAGUCAGAGACAAGUUCCCCGAGGUUAUCAUCAACUUCCCUGACCCGGCGCAGAAGAGUAACGUUGUUCAGCUGAGGGGGCCCAAUAGCGAGGUGGAGAAGUGCGCAAAGUUCCUCCAGAAGAUGAUUGCCGACCUGAUAGAGAGUAGCUUCUCGCUCUCGGUUCCCAUCUUCAAGCAGUUCCACAAAAACAUCAUCGGCAAAGGUGGUGCCAACAUCAAAAAGAUCCGCGAGGAGACCAACACCAAGAUCGACUUGCCCACUGAGAACAGCAACUCCGAGAUGAUCGCCAUCACGGGUAAGAAGGGCAACUGUGAGGCGGCCAGAGAUCGAAUCCUCGCCAUCCAGAGAGAACUGGCCAACAUUAAAGAGACCGAGGUCGCCAUCCCGGCCAAGCUGCACAACUCCCUGAUCGGCUCCAAGGGCUGCCUGGUCCGCGCCGUCAUGGAGGAAUGCGGCGGCGUCCACAUCCACUUCCCCUCCGAGGCCUCGACGUCGGACAAGGUCACCAUCAGGGGGCCCGCCGGCGAGGUGGAGAAGGCCAAGAAGCAACUGCUGCAGCUGGCUGAGGAGAAGCAAGUCAACAACUUCACAGCCGAACUGCAGGCCAAACCGGAGUACCACAAGUUCCUGAUCGGGCGCGGCGGGGCCAACGUUCGGCGCGUACGGGACAGGACGGGCGCACGCAUCAUCUUCCCGUCACCUGACGACCCCGAGCAGGAACUGAUCACCAUUGUGGGGAAAGAGGAAGCCGUCCGUCAGGCACAGAAGGAACUAGAAUGCCUGAUCAAAAACCUGGAUGACGUGGUGGAGGAUAGCAUGGAUGUGGACGUACGCCACCACCGCCAUUUUGUGUGCCGCAGAGGCCAGGUGCUGCGGAAGCUGGCCGAAGAAUAUGGCAGCGUGGCCGUCAGCUUUCCUCGCACGGGGGCCAACAGCCAACGGGUUUCCCUGAAGGGAGCCAAGGACUGCGUGGAGGCCGCCAAAAAACGCAUACGGGAGAUCAUCAAGGACCUGGAGUCCCAGGUGAGCGUGGAGGUGACGAUCCCUCAGCGCUACCACCGCGCCAUCAUGGGGCCCAAAGGCAGCCGCAUUCAGCACAUCACCCGCGAGCACGAGGUCCAGAUCAAGUUCCCGGAGAGAGACGACGCCAACGCAGGUCAAAAGGCUUCGCCGCAGGAGAGCGGCCAUGUCUGUCCAGAUGCGGAGCUCGUCCCCCGUAAGUGUGACGUCGUCGCCAUCUUGGGGCGAGCCGAGAAGUGUGAGGUGGCCAAAGCUGCCCUGCUGGCCUUGGUGCCCAUCACGGAGGACGUGGAGGUGUCCAAUGAGCUUCAUCGCUACAUCAUCGGCCAGAAAGGCAGCGGAAUCCGAAAGAUGAUGGAGGAAUAUGAGGUCAACAUGUGGGUGCCGCAGCCCGAGCUGCGGCAGGACGCGAUCCGGGUGACGGGCCUGCUGGCCAACGUGCAGCGAGCCAAGCGGGGCUUGCUGAGCCGGGCCAAAGAGCUUCAAGCUGAGCAGGAGGACAGGGUGGGCGCACACAUUUCCACAAAAGCCCCCCCGCGAUGUUCUCACGUGCUCUCCUCGCAGGCGCUGCGGAGCUUCAAGGCCACCGUAUCGGUCGAGCCCAAGUUUCAUCCCAAGAUCAUCGGUCGCAAGGGGGCGGUCGUUUCUCAGAUCCGAAAAGACCACGACGUCAACAUCCAGUUCCCCGACAAAGGAGACGAGCAGCAGGACCUGAUCGUGGUGUCGGGGUACGAGGGGAACGUGGAGGAGGCGUGCGAGGCCAUCCGGCAACUUGUGGCCGAGUUGCAGGAGAUGGUGAGCCAAGACGUGCCCCUGGACCCCAGGACGCACGCCCGCAUCAUCGGCGCCCGCGGCAAAGCCGUCCGCAAGCUGAUGGAGGAGUUCAAGGUGGAUAUCCGGUUUCCUCCGCCUGGCUCCGACGAACCUGACAAAGUGACGGUGACGGGCCUUCCCGAGACGGUCGACAACGCCGUCGAGCACCUGCUCAACCUGGAGGAUGAAUACUUGCUCAGCAUGACAGAGACCGCGAGGUUGGCGGCGUACAUGAAACCUCCGUCGCGCUGCGGGGGAGGCGGCGGCGGCGGCACGGGGGGGCCGGAAGAUGGUACCGGGACUCCGGCGAAAGGCUUCGUGGUGCGCGACGCCCCCUGGAACGCCGCAGAGUACAAGGCGCUGGACAUGAGCAGCGCAGACGACUUCCUCACGUUCGGGAAGGCCGUGGCGCCCAAGCAGAGAUACGCCUGGGGCCCCAAGAAGUUCUGAGACGCAACGGACGUUCCUGCCUUCCUUCUCUUUUCUAUCCUCAAACCAGCCACUGCACAUUCUGAGGAGAUGAGUUUCUUUCUCCUCCUUUUCGCCCGCUACGAAAGGGAAAACCCGAAUGUCGCGUUAACAUUUAAAACCUUUCCCAAAAACUAUUUGGGUUCAGGCACCUGCACGGACUGCUAAAGUCUCUUCAACUCACGGCUGUCUGUUAAAGUCUUUGCGUUCCUUGAAUUGUAUCAGGUGAGGCUGCGUAUGGAAAGUCAUUGAGAAUUUCCUCGAUAUCCCUGAAAAUCAAGGACAUUGAAGAAACGCUCCAAACGGCUCACCGUAGCUGUGUGUGUAAAUUAUUACAAGACAAACCGGCUGCUGUAGUAAAAAAAAGAACGGGGGGGGGGGGAACCCCUGAGGAGGUGAUAUAUCCUGCACUGAUUCCCUGUUGUGAAGUUUUAUUUCUUGUCAAGUGUAAAAAGGAGCCAUUUUGUUUCAACGACUGUGAUUUUGUGUUUUUAUAAAGGCGGCCACUUGGAGCUCAUGACCGAUGUUCAUCAGGGUUUGCGAACAUGUUACGAGUAGUUACUGUACGUCAACAGAGGGUUUUUUUUGCGAUUUUUUUUAAAGGGAAUUUUUUCGGUUGGUGGCGGCAUAUGUUGAGGUCUGUGUGUGUGUGUGUGUGUGUGUGUGUGCGUGCUAUGUAUAUUUGAAUGAAACUGAACCAAACUUUGACAUGGUCUUAAUCUCUGUUUAUCUCAGAGCUCCUCAUUAAUGCUUGAUAUUCUUGUCAACAUGGACACAAAUGCUGCUUGCCUCUCUCCCAAAAAAACAAAACGGGUCCUCUCUUAUAAGAAGUGCUUCAUGUGUUGUCGUAAUUUGUCGCAUUUUUUUUUAUGACACUCAAGGGAUAAGUUAAUACGACUCGUCAGUGAAAAUGGACACUUUUUACAUACCUUGACAGAUUGCAUUUCCUGGUAGCUUACCGAGUGACAUCGAGUCGCCGGUUAUGGUUGGUUGGCUCCAUUUUGAGUAAAGGGAUACGUAUCCGAAGUGACCAAAACGGUGGAUUUUAGGGGUCCAGUUUUAAAAUUGGUGUUUUAAUAUCAAUUUUUUUUUUAGCAGAUGGCAGACUAUGCAACCCAGGGAUGUACUGUAUCCCAGCAGUUAUUGUACUCAAAUACAACAAAUACAGUACAACCAGUGGCGGUUCUAGCCUGCUCUUAGCGGGGUGGCCAGACUGGGUCCAAGGGUAUUUUUAGGGGGGGCCGGAUUCCAAGAACCACCACUGUGUACAGCAUCAUAUGUUUGAUUUAUUAUUUUUUUAAGUUGUAAAAGUUUCUUCAUGUUUGUCUGAUCGCCAAUGUUAGGACGGCGACAGCUCCUGUGAAAAGCUAAGACAAAUGCACUAUUGGCCUUAAGUAAGAACUCAACAGCAUUUUGACAACAGUGUGAUUGUGUAACUGCAAUACAAAUGUGGUGGUCAUUUC